GUAGCCUGGCGGGUGCUUUGUCAUGGCGAUCAUAUGCGUUGACGAGUAUAGCUCCAUACCCGACCCUGCCACCUCUUAUUUUCUCGACGCAGCCACCUUCGGUGCUUGGCAACAAUUUGCUCGAUAUAAAUAAAACUCCUCAUGAAACAACUACCGUUUUGGAAGCAGCCAGAGCUUUCAUUUAUAUGUGACUGAGCGAAGUUUUUUCUUCUGGCGAGCUACAUUUGGUGUCAGAUAGCACAAUUCAAUCCACUUUGUAAUACCCCGCAAUUUUGAGGCGUCUAAGCUCGGAUCAGCCCGGCAGGCGUCAAUUACGACAAUGCCUAUGUUAGACAUUUUAAAGAAGAAGAAUAAGAUCAGUGAGGAUGCGGCAGCAAAUGACAACGACAAGGUAUCUGCGCCACCUGAAUUUACGUUCAUGCGGACCACGACGACAACGCAAGAGAUCAUCAAGCCGCCAACGUUUUCCGGGGACACCAAUGAACCAGUCUCGUCAGAGAAGAAGCAGCCAGAAAAUCAGCCGCUGCGGCAUAGAUUGUCACGGAGGUUCCGUCGCAGCUCCCCUGCUCCGGCGCCGCAAAAGCAGUUAGAGUCAAGCUCUCCGAAACCUCCGGAACCGGGGAAGCUCCAGAGAAGCUUUUCACAGAAGCUCCAUAUCAAAUCCAGCUCUCGUGCAGCAAAGACAAAGUCGGUCUACGUCCCUUCAAACUUACCAGUGAUCAAUGAUGAGGCGUUCAACACAAAAGAUGAGCGAGAGAUGAAAUGGGAGCAACGAGCGACAAUGCUCGCGAGAGAAACGCCCCACUCCAGACCUAAAACCGCGCCUGGCUCAUCGUCGAGUGCAGCGCAAUCCAACGGAGCUACUCUAGAUAUCCGUGGAGAAAAAGGCUCAAGGUCAAGAAGAUCCAGCAUCAGCGACAAAGCGGGAGACGAGAACAUUCAAGAAGCUAUCAGGUUGCAUGAAAAUGGAGACCUUGAGAGGUCUACGGCAAUGUUUGGCCGUCUUGCCGAUCCAGAAGGCGAAAACAAUGCCUUGAGUCAGGUCUUAUACGGUCUCGCCCUGAGACACGGGUGGGGCUGUCCACCAGACUUGCCCCGAGCAGUCACCUAUCUUUCGUACGCGGCAUCGAAUAGUGCAGAGAUAGAGGCGCAAGCACUAGCAUCGGGCAUGAAGAAGGGUGGCGCAGCAAAGGGCGAACUAGUACUGGCAAUCUAUGAGCUGGCAAACUGUUUCCGUCAUGGUUGGGGUGUUGACAAGGACCCUGUCGCAGCCAAACAGUAUUACGAGACAGCAGCGAACCUCGGAGACACGGAUGCCAUGAACGAAGUGGCGCGGUGCUAUCUAGAUGGGUUUGGUACGCGCAAGGAUAAGUACACUGCGGCCAAAUACUACCGAUUAGCGGAACAAAACGGCAACAAAACAUUAGGAAACUCAUGGUGAGUUAGCGUCCAUCUUUGGUCCAGUUAAAUCCUUGCCCUUUUCUCUGUCUUCCCCAUUUCCAUACUCCCCCGUCUCGCCCUUUGUCUGCUCGUGCUGCCGUUCGUCCCGUGUUGGUUUUUGUGUAUAGUCAGUAAUGGCGUGGCGGGAUU